CUUCCCCCGAUGCAUUGAUAGGAGGGCGGCGGGAUGGGAGGCACGGCUGCUGGCAACACUCAGGUGUGCGCGUGUUUCCUCCGAUACACCGGAUGAGAGAAACUAAAAGCAAGGGGGGGAGGAAUUCUUGCGGAACGUUCCCGACCCCGAUGUGGAUGUUCAUGUUUCCAACUGUUUCCUGCCAAGCCCUUACGCCUUAUUUCUCGCAUCCCCCUCGUGGAACUAGGCUUAGGGCCGCACAAACCAUGCUUCCCAGCCCGAGUGUCUUAACCCUACUCACGUGUCUCAUCGUCAUUUCUGCUCAAGGGAUAAUGGGAGUGAAGAUCGAGGCACUUCAUGUGCCAGAUUUCGUGAAGUACAACUCGGAAGAGUUCGUCAUCCUGGACUGCGAUUAUUCCUUCGAAGACCGGGAGAAAAACAGUCUCGUGGUGAAGUGGCAUUUCAACGAGAACUCAUUCCCGGUGUAUCAGUGGAUCCCAGGUGCAAAACCCCCCCAGGAUUUAGGAGUCCUCAAGGACAGAUUGGACCUGACUUACGAGGCGAGCGGGGACGACUACACGAAGUACCGGGCGCUGAAGAUCCUCCAUCCGAGUCCGGAUCUCAGUGGGUCUUACAAGUGUCGAGUGAGUUCGUUCGACGGGGAAGACUCUGCCAUGAAGACCAUGACUGUAUACGCCCCAGCAAAGAUCAUGACAUUCGAGAUCCAAGAUGCUCCUAAUGGCGGGGACAUGGAGAUGAUCACUUGUUCAGCAUCCGGCAUCUCUCCACAACCAGAGGUGGAAAUCUUCGUGGAUGCCCCCACCGGCACAGGAACCGACAGAACGAGAGAUCGCCUUUUGGGCGGUCGAUUGAACUUGACGUAUGUCGACGGGCAAGGAUAUGCAGUGAUGCUGACUCGCCUGGUGAACACCAGAGAACUCUGGGGUGAUGUCAUCCUGGAGUGCGUCAUCAGCAUCCCUGGAACCCCUUACAAGCUUCGCAGGGACAUCAAAUUCUUCGCAGUCGAACGGAACAGGAAUACUGAAGGUAGAGGAAAGGGAAGUCGUCGUGAAGGACCAAGAGUGGGAGGCACCAACGCCAGGGCCGACGAGUACGACGACCCGACGCCCAAGUACUGGAGAUUCUCCGAGACCCAGGAGAACGAAAAAGCCUUUCGUUGCCGAACCAGACAGCGGAGGGACAAGGAAGGGUGGAAUUUCGUGGACAGCAAAGUUACUGUGUCUCAUCGCUUGGUUCCUACUGGUGAAUCGAUUAUGACCUUCUUCGUUGGAAUCCAUGCAAUAGCAACCCGCCUGUGAUCUCCCCUCAGACUCGCACUGUCUUGUUCCCACGAGCGAAGAAGCACGUUAACUUCGCUACAAAAAUGACGGCCUUUCAUUGACAGGAGUGAAGUUCCUGCCAAGUUCAACUCCUUGGCCAUCUUACCUCUGACCCCGUGCCAAAAAGAAAUGUUGAGAGGGGUAAGAAAAGAAAAAUCCAUUGUGUUGUUGAAGAAGCCAAGUUCAAGGGACUCAUCGAAAGAUGGAAGAACCACAUAAGGAUAGUUGGCAGGCUUUCAUGCGCAUGUUUGCGAACUAUGUUCAAGUGCCUAUUCAGAAAGCCUUCCUACCAACUUCGUCUAGUCACUCCUAAGAUAUUUUCGAUAUACGACCUCUCAUACUGAUUCCCUCCAAGGUAUAGUGCUAUCUUUCUUUCUCUGUUGGUUUGAUGAAUCUUCGAAUAAAAU